AAUGGAACGACAAACAUCAACAACUUCAAUUCCGACACGCGGAGAGGGAGGCACUACGGGGGACGCUGAAACAAGUAUUAUUCCAGUGCGUGUUCUUCAACAACAAAAAACUAAAAACGGCAGUAGUGGAACAUAUUCUCCAGCUGCGGGAAGUAUUGACAAGAAGGGGAGGGGGAAAAAUGGGGAAAUGGAACAGCAAAAAGCUUCAAGGUGGGAAAUGAAAAAAGAAAGGUUAAAUGAGUUAAAAAGAGGUGAAUAG